AUGGAUAAACACCAGACAAAUCAAUCAGUAGUCAAAGAAUUUAUCCUCCUGGGGUUUGGGGAUAUCAGUGAUUUUCAGAUCCUUCUCUUCUUUGUCUUUCUAGCGAUCUACAUGGUCACCAUGGCUGGAAACCUGCUGAUCGUUGUCUUAGUUGCAGCUGAUCAGCGUCUUCAUACCCCCAUGUAUUUCUUCCUGGGGAAUUUGUCUUGCUUAGAAACUUGCUAUAUCUCCACCAUUUGGCCCUGGAUGCUUGACAGUUUUCUGACUGGAAACCAGUCCAUGUGGGUGAAUUCUUGUUUUAUGCAGUUAUAUUUCUUUGGGGGCUUAGCUACAGCAGAAUGUUAUCUUCUCGCAGCUAUGUCUUAUGAUCGUUAUCUAGCAAUAUGCAAGCCAUUGCAUUAUGCAUCACUUAUGGAUAUGAGAUCCUGCUUGCAGUUAGCGAGUGGUUCGUGGGUCAUUGGGUUCAUGGUUAAUUCAGUAACAAUCUAUUUUAUGACUCACCUGAUAUUCUGUGGACCUAAUGUAAUUGACCAUUUCUUCUGCGAUUUUUCACCGCUACUUCAAUUGUCCUGCAGCAACACCUUCAACAUUCAGCUACUGAUAUUUAUUCUGUCAGCUCUGUUUGGAUUGUUCCCUUUUCUUUUAACCCUCAUUUCCUACAGCUGCAUCAUAAAAACCAUUCUCAAAAUCCCCUUCUCUGCUGGGAGGAAAAAGGCAUUUUCCACCUGCUCAUCCCAUCUCAUUGUGGUUACUCUCUUUUAUGGAACGAUAGUCAUUGUUUAUGUGGUACCCAAAAACAACACACUCAGAGAACUGAACAAGGUCUUCUCAGUCUUCUACACUGUCUUGACUCCCUUGGUGAACCCGUUUGUGUACACUCUGAGAAAUAAAGACAUUAAACAAGCUUUGAAAAAAACUGUUCGGUAUUGUGUUGGUUCAUCAUAA